AAAAGAAAAGAGAAGACGCCUACGGGCACUCAAUCGCCAUGAUUCCGGGAACGAACACAGCACACGGCGGCGAACCGGAGCAGUAUAUAUACAACCGGGUCGUGUCUUGCAUAUUGCAGUAUACAUAAACUACAUCGCUCCGCCGCGCGUGUGCUUAAUUAGAGUAAAUUGGUUCCCGGCCGGCCGGCCGGAAUUAAGCGUUUCGUGGCGAUCGAUGGCGAAGAGCACAGAAGACGAAAUGGUGUUCCUGUGGAAGUGGCGCAAAUACCUGCUGCUUCUGGCCACGCUGGUGGCCAGCGUCACCUACGUGGCCGGGCUCAACCCGCCGGGCGGCGUGAGGUCCGAGGAGCUGACAGCCGACGCCCCAGCGCCCGCGCCCGCGCCCCGCGUCGGCUUGGGCUCGCCGUCGCCCCCGGUGAAGCACACGAACCGCGUGGGCUCGCCAGCGCCGGCGCCCGCGGUGCUGUACCCGAACCGCGUGGGCGACCCGGUGCUCCGGAAGACGUACGCGGCCCGGUACACCACUUUCUUCUACUGCAACGCGGCGGCCUUCGUGGCGUCCCUGGUGAUCAUCAUGUUCCUGCUGGACCCUCGCAUCAGCGGCAACCGCGUGGGCCUCACCGUGCUCCGCUACGCCAUGCUGCUCGACCUGCUCGCCCUCAUGGCCGCCUUCGCCGCCGGCAGCUGCCGCUCCGUGUCCGGGUCCGCCUACGUCUCCGCGCUCUUCGCCGUCGUCUUCGUCUACGUCUUAGUCCACGUCCGACUGGCCUCCUCCAGCUGCGAACUGUCCAACUGUCUAAAAGCCAAGGAAGACCCGACAGACGUCGCCGCGGCGGAGAGCAUCAAGGAGCGGCGCAAGUUCCUGCUGCUGCUCGCGAUGUUCGCGACGCCGCUGACGUACGGCGCGGGGCUGGCGCCGCCGGGCGGGUUCUGGAGCAACACCAGGGACGGGCACAGGGCCGGUGCCCCGCUGCUGCACGACGGGACCUACAAGAUCCGGUACCACGCCUUCUUCUACGCCAACGCCACGGCCUUCGUGGCGUCGCUCGCCAUCAUCAUGCUGCUCAUGAGCAGCACGCUGAGCGACCGCCUUGCCAGGUCCUACGCGCUGCUGGUCUGCGUCCUGGUGGAGCUGCUCGGACUCUUGGCCGCCUACGCCGCCGGGAGCUGCAGGAGGGACGACACCACCAUAUACGUCGUCUUCCUCGCCAGCGCGGUGCUCCUCAACAUCCUGCUGCAGGUGGCCGUCGCCUUGAUCGCCAUGGACAGGUUCAAGAGCUGGCGUAAACGUGUCUGCGAUGUACUGACGUGCGCCAAUUGCAACUGGGGGCCGGCUAAGCCGGCGAGGGCGGCAGACACACCGGGUGCUGUACCGAGCGACAAUGGCGAGCAGGAAGACAAGCUGAACGAGUCACGGUCGCUUCUGCUGCUUCUGGCCACGCUCGCGGCGACGGUAACAUACCAGGCGGGGCUGAGCCCGCCGGGCGGCGUCUGGCCGGAGGACGACAAAAAGAAUCGGGAACACAUCCCGGGGAACCCGGUUCUCCUGGACGUGUACCCCCAGAGGUACAGGGCCUUCUACCACUGCAACACGGCGGCGUUCGUGGCGUCGCUGGUGGUCAUCAUCAUCCUCCAGAGCAGGCAGCUGACCUCCCGCGGCGUCUUCGCGCUCAAGACGGCCAUGAUCCUGGUCCUCUUCGGCCUCAUGGGCGCGUACGCCGCCGGGAGCUGCAGGGACAUCCCCACCACGAUCUACAUCUCUGCCCUUGCCGUCGCCGUCUUCGUCUACUCCAUCGCCAAGGUCAUUGCCUACAACUACAAGGACCAUGCCCAGAGCAACGUGAUGCAGUGGGUGCAAGACAAGCUGAAGAGCAUUGCAGAGACUCUGCACCUCUCGUAUAACAAGCAGGGCGCGCAGGAGAGUGCUGAUGAAACCGUCGACCUCGAGAGGAAGCGCAAGUUCUUGAUGGAGCUCGCCAUCCUGGCCGCUACUGUCACGUACCAGACCGGGCUGAACCCGCCGGGCGGGUUCUGGCCGCAGAGCGAGGACGGGUCGCUCAUGGCCGGGGACCCGGUGCUCCUCGAUUACUACAAGGUCAGGUACCAGGUGUUCUUCUACUGCAACGCCACGGGGUUCAUGGCGUCCGUCGCCGUCAUACUCCUCCUGGCGAACCAGAGGCUGUCCAAGCAAGGCAUCCGGAGCAACGCGCUCCACGUCUGCGUCCUGAUCGGCCUGCUGGGCCUCAUGGGCGCGUACGCCGCUGGCAGCUGCCGGAAGCUGCGGACCUCCAUCUAUGUCUUCGCGCUGGUGGCCGCCGUGAUCGCCUUCCUCCUCCUGCAGAUCCUGCUCUACAUGUUCGCGGGCUGCGUGAACUGGUUAAAGGAAGAAGAGCAGCAGACACGCCUCGAGCGGCGGCUAAAGAAGCUGUUCCAGCCCCUGUCGAAAGGGCCGGGCGGGUGACAGUACCAAGGAUGAGAACAAACCAAGUGAGGUGUACAAGAAACACAAGUACCUGAUGCUGCUCGGCAUCCUGGCGGCGAGCGUGACGUACCAGGCGGGUCUCGCGCCCCCUGGCGGCACGUGGGGCGACGACGACAAGGCGGCGGCGUCGCCGUCGCCGUCGCCCUCGCCUUCGGCGUACCUCAUCGAGGCCGGCAACCCGAUCCUCUUUAGCACCAACAAGCAAAGGUACCAGGCCUUCUUCUACUGCAACGCGACGUCGUUCGUGGCGUCCGUCGUCGUCAUCAUGCUGCUGCUGCAGCGGAACAUGGAGCGGCGAGGCGCGCCGCUGUGGGCGAUACAGACCGCCGUGGUGCUGGACCUGCUCGGCCUGCUGGGCGCCUACGCCGCCGGCAGCUGCAGGGACUGGGAGACGUCCGCCUACGUCAUCGCGCUCGUCGCCGUCGUCGUCAUCUUCAUCACGGUGCACGUCCUGCUGUCCAUCCAAGUCGUGAUGACCAAGGUCAGGAAUCUCAAGGUGUACAAAAAGUGCUUCGGUUCUUCGGAGAUUCCUCCGGAGAAAGCAACUAAUGCUGACCAGGUCAGCGGCAACGCUGCCAGUGCGUAAUUUUUUUUUACUUAAUGCUGCUCGUUUACAUUCCUUAAUUUGAUUGGCAUUUUUGUUUGAGAGGCCUUAAUUUGAUUGGCAAUGCUGCUGAUUGGAAACUUGGGUCGGAUUUUGGUUGUAGCCUGUGUGUCCCUUUGUGGGCUACAAAUUAUAUUUGAUGUGGCUUGUAUGUGAACUACCUGUAAAUUUUUAUUCAAUUCAAUUGCUCAGUUAGAGGGAACUC